UCCUGAAACAUUUUCCAAGAAAAUUGUCAGCAUGGUGCCCUGAAUGCUGUUGGGUGUGUCCUACAAACAAGGACAUUCCAAGGUAAAGAGACUCUUGUUCCCUUUGGUUCAUAAGUUCUAUGUCAGACAACGUAGAGCCCACAUUCUUCCACAGACUCAUGGAUUUUUAUUUUAUCAAGAAGUUUAUGAUCUCAGUUUUAACACUGAGGCUCAAACUGUCCCAGAUUUGGCCAGUGGGAGCCCUUCAAGCUGGCUCUCUGUCCUUCCACCUGUUCUCAUUAUUCUUUGAGCAUUUCCUUACUCUCUGUCCGCCCGCCUCGCACCCCCGCCCAAAGAUGUUCCAGGCUCUACUUGUAUCUCCUCUGUCCCCUCUCCCCUGGAAUCAGCCAUUUUCUCAAAGGAGAAGGGAGGGUGCUUUUGAAGGCAGGUGGCUGACCCCUCACCUCUGAGUGACCCCCUGGACUCGGAUUUCAAUGCGGCUGGCCCCGGCCAAUGGCAGGGGCGAUGCUCCAGCGGUUGCCAUGGAGACUUCUGGCCGCAGAGCAGCGGAAGGAGGCGGUGACGUCACUGCUGGAGCAAGUGCAGCGGCCACAUCCUUGUCUUCGCCGGGGCCACAGGGCACUGAGGGCAGCCCCAGGGCCAGCCGCGAGUGACCAGCCACCCUGCUUUCUGAGCCCCCAUCCACGACACCCCGGUAGCAGCAGCCCCAGGGAGAUAGACCCGCCAUCCCAGAUUUGCUGAGGCUGCCAGGACGGGUGAGACCUCUGGAGACCACCAAGAAAGGGGAAGUGCAUCUUUAUACCCUCCUUGGUGCAGCCUUGCCCAGACUCGGGACCCAAGAGCCUGCUGGCAGACGCCACCUCUGUUUCACUGUGCGUAAGUCCCUGGGAAUUCCCAAGAGCCUUCUCGGGGGAGGUUACAGAGAGCUGGACACCGCAGCCCUGCGGGCUGGGCCAGGGGCAUCCUCCGCUAGAGGGAUAAAUCGGGCCCUUGAGGCCUCCCUCUUACUGAGCCUUUGGGAAGGGAUCGUGGCAUCCUGGAUAAUUUCGUGCAUUCCCGAGGCAGCUCAAGUGUGCACAAGCAGGCAUACUGCUGCCUCCGGGAGCUGGGCAAGAUGCUCUUCGGGGUCAAAGACAUCGCUCUGUUGGAGCACGGGUGCAAGGCGCUCGAGGUGGACAGUUACAAGUCCCUGAUGAUCCUGGGAAUACCGGAAGACUGCAACCAUGAGGAGUUUGAAGAGAUCAUACGGGUCCCUCUGAAGCCUCUGGGCAAGUUCGAAGUGGCCGGGAAGGCCUUUCUGGAAGAAGACAGAUCCAAGGCAGCCAUCAUCAGGCUGGAGGAAGACAUCAAUUACGCCGUGAUCCCCAGGGAGUUCAAGGGCAAGGGCGGCAUGUGGAGAGUGGUCUACAUGCCCCGGAAGCAGGACAUUGAAUUCCUGACCAAGUUGAACCUUUUCCUGCAAAGCGAGGGCAGGACGGUGGAGGACGUGGCCCGGGUCCUGAGGCAGGAGCUAUGCCCAACAGUGCCGGGCCCCCGAGAGCUUCCUGCCAGAAAGUGCCGGGCACCUGGGCCCGGGGAGAAGCUGGGGGCCGGGGCCCCAGCGGGCACUGACGGGGCGCCAGCUCUGGACUCCGUAGAGAAGCAGAGCAAGGCUGGAGAUGACAAGAGAGGCAAGCGAAAACACAAGAAAACCCGUCGACGGCACCAUGCAUCUGACAAGAAGCUGUGAGGUGUUUGCAGGAAACAGAAGAGGAGAAACAGGGUCUGUGACUCCAAGGAUUUGGAGAAGGUCUCUUGGCAGAGUUGAGGAAAAGCCAAGCCAGAGGACCACGUCGGGGAGAUCCCUGCUCUGGAGAAAAGCCACUAUCUCCUCUCCGCAACCCCCUGAGUCCUGCUGUCAGGGACAGCCCCUCUUGUUGAGUACGUGUUGCCAGGAAGAGACACAGACCCUUCUAGCUUUGGACCCUGCUGGAGAUCCUGCCAUUGCAAAGUCUAGACCCGUUUUUUGUUUUUUUGGAUUUUGUUUUUGUUUUUGUUUUGUUUUGUUUUGUUUUUUGUCUUUUAAAAGCAUGGACCUUGAAGGUAACUCUCAUCCAGAGUGGACCACCCUGUUUUGCAGAAACUAUGCCUGACCAAGUGAGUUGCCUGCUGGCCACACCUGAGGAGCCCAGCGCUCUGUAUUUGACUGUCAAAAGCUGUGGCUGUCCUGUACACACUUGGUCUCCUUUACAAGGGAUGGUCACACAUGGGACUCUUCUGCUCCGACUGGCCCCAGGGGUUAGGAUAUGGGUCUCCCCAAAUUCCAUUCCAGAAGCUCCAACUUAGGCGCAGGGGACACCCCACUCUAAAGAACAAAAGGCAAGACUUUCAGGAAAUGGUCCAAAAGGAGGUAAAUAAUUAGGAGGUCACCCUCAAGAGUUACCCAUUAACAACAUUAACUUGGAGUCCCCCAUGAAGAACAACAA